CAAAAUUACUUUUCAUCAAAAUAUUACAAAUGACGGUUACGGAAGAUGUGUCACAAAACAUAAAAUCCAGUUUGAUUAAAGGUGUUUUUAAUAAUUGUUUUUAAAUUCUUCUCUGUUCCCUCACAGAUUCAAGCAGGUUUUGAUGUUCUGUACACUCGCCUUCUUCAUUUGUCAUUUGUCUGAUUUUGAUAGUGUUUGCACUUUUUUUUCAACUUAAAUAUUAAUUUGUAUCUAAAUAUGAUUUGCGUGUAUGGUUUAUUUUCUUUAUUUCUGUUAAAGAUGUAAGAUUCUUGAAACAUAUAUUAAGAACUUUUAUGCAAUAUCUUAUUGGGUGGUCUUAAUGAUUCAGAGCGUUUUAUUUCUAUAGCGUUCUUUAUUUCUGUUAAAGAUUCUCGAAUGCAAUAUUCUUGAAACAUAUAUUAAGAGCUCUUAUGCAAUAUCUUAUUGGAUGGUCAUAAUGAUUCAGAGAGUUUUAAUUUGCUUUAAGUCUAGUUUGAACUGCCACAUAGUGAACGGUAUUGGUUAUAAGGAACUUUGACGAUAUUGAGAGUUGCAUUAGCGUAGAUUCUGAUGAAUGGUUUCAAUGAUUUAAAGCAUUUCAAUUCAAUUAAAUCUAGCGUGAAAGACUUCAUAAUAAAAUAUAUUGGGGUCAGAAACUUAAACAAUAUUGAGAGUGGUCAUUAGGGAGCAUCCAGAAAGGUUGCCUUUAUGAUUUAAAAAUUUGAGUUUCCAUAAAUCUCGCAUAAACGGCAUAGUACUGGCUGUGAAGAUUUCGACAAUAUUGAGAGUUUUCGUUAGGAAACAUACUGCGGAUCGGUGUUUAGGAUUUAAAAUUUUUAAUUUGCUUAAAUCUAGUGUGAACGACCACAUAGUAAACGAUACAGGUUCACAUUGAACAUUAAUUGGCAUAAUAUAAAUUUAGCUAUGACAUAUUUUCCUAUUUAUGAAACUCAUAAGGAUUGUCAUCAAUAACAAUAAGAAAGAUUAAAUCUCCGCAAUUUUGCCAUGAAAAGUCAUAAAAUAUAAUUGGGCAAAUACUUGAAACGUAUUUAAGUAAACUCUAUCUCCAAAGAGAAGUAUUGCAUCGUAAUAAUUCGUUCCGUGAUUCUACUAAAGUAUGGAGUUUACAUUAAAACGUUUUUUCUGUGUUGCACUUUUUGCAACGUAUGUUACAGGAACUCAACUUCCAACCAUGUCAAUGAAGGAGUUGUUGAAUAUUGUUGAUUGUAUCAGUGAAUCAAGAGAUGAGGAUGCGUGUGAACAUUUUCACAGAUGUAACCAGAUGAUGCCAACAGACAUCUAUGAAACAUUUAAAGACUGCGAAAAAAAAGUUGAAGCUCAUGACUGCUGUGCACCUGGAAGAAAAAUGUUUCCUUCUACGGAUAUACCUCCAAAGAUAUUCGAGUGCUUGAAUGAGAGAUAUCCUCAAGUUGAAGGUGAAGAACGAAGACAAAUGAUGAAUUUCGAAGAUUGUGCACGAGAAGUUCACAAAACUUGCAAAUUGCCUGAAUAUCAAUCAAUGGAAUGAUUGUUAAACUUGUUUUUUUCAGUUAUGAAAUUAGAAGUGAAACAAAGAUGGUUCUUAAUGAAUAAAAUUAUUUUAGUAUUUG